GCUUCCCACAUAGCUGCAACAGGAGCAACCCACUGUUACUCAGCCACCAUUGGCCGAUGACUAGUUCACUGGUGAUGAUGCAACAAUGGAGGAGGACACUGAAGAGCGUAAUUUGGAGGCUGAGUUGGAUGCUGAGUUUGCUGUGCUUGAUCCUAAGUUAGAUACUCAGUUGGAGGAGGAGCUAUCACGUGCUGUCCCAAAGACAAGACGUGGCAUGGAUAAAGGAGAUGACGCUCCUGCAGACUCGAGUCAAAGGAAGGUGCUUAGACUUAAUCGUCGAGGCACAUUCAGCCAUGAGAGCUGGCCUGAGGAAAAGAAGAAGGUUGCUUGGGAGAAUUUUCAGAGGACAUAUAAUUGGGAAGAGGAUGAUGCUCCUGUGUAUAAAAUUUGGAGAUUACAUUGUCGAAACCGUUUCCGAGACGAGCUUCAUCAAGCUCGAAAGGCGUGGGUCAAGGACAAGAAGUUGCCCGAGUUCAUGCAUAAGGAUACCUUUAAAAUUUUGUUGGCAAAAUGGAGGAGUCCAAAAUAUAUUGCACUCCAGGAAAGAGGUCGGCAAAACCGAGCAAAGGAUGACCGUGUGACCCACACAACUGGAUGCCUUUCUAUUGGGAUCCAUGAGGAUCGACUGGCAGCUAAAAGAGGAGGAGUUAGGCUGACACCUUUAGAGUCAUACUUGUUGACUAACACGACUUGCCGACCUGAUGCUCCAAAAGAUGCCCCACCCGCUUGGAUAUGUCCACAGGCUGAGCAGACAUAUGUAAGAAUCUGAUUCUUUUAUGAUAUUAAUUUUAUUUAUUUUUAAUGUCAUAUUGCCAUAAAAGAAGAAAAGUGAU